UGAAAGUAAAAGACGCGCUGAACCAGAGGGUGCGGUUCCCGUCUGAUCUGAAGGCUGUUUUUCACUCCAAUAUUUCCAGUCUCUCCAGCUCCGAUCAUCCAGGCGGUGGAGGAACACACACACACACACACACACGGGACUCACUGCUGUGGAUCAACACACCGACAUCGAACACAAUCUGAGUUCACAACUUUGGACCGGAACAACUGAGCUCCGACAUGGACCCGAGACUGAGGAGAGGAGCCUCGCCCACAGGUGACGCCUCUGCUGAGACUCGGGGCAGAGAGGAGGGAGACCCCCCCUCUAAAGGACCUGGGACCAAAGCUCAGAGAUCUGCGCUGCAGCCAGAACCAGCUGGACCUGGACCUGCACCUGGACCUGGACCUGGACCUGGACCUGGACCCAGCUGUGUGUCUCUGAAGAGUGAUGGCUCCAUGUGGAGACAGAUUGACUUCAGAGGAGGAGCGGAGUCUUCAGGUCCGAGGAUCCAUCAGGAACCAGAAGAGUCUGGACUCUGCUGUGACUCUCUGAAGAGUCAUGUCUCCAAGCAUCUCGGGAUUGACUUCAAAGCUGAAGAGUCUCCGGAGGAGAGAGAGGACCAUCAGAGCUCAGAGCUUCUCAGUGGUCAGCAACAUCCAGACUCUGCACGGCAGCGGCUGGAGGAGAAGUUCCUCAGCUAUGUGAGCAGAGUCUGGAGGCUUCUGGGUCCAGAUGAGCCAGAACCUCCAGAGACUGAGGAAGAGGAGCAGUGGAGGAGCAUCAGGGAAGAAUUCCUGAAGAUCACAGUUCACCUCCUGAGGAACAUGGAGGAGGAGGAUCUGGCCCAGCGUCUGUGGAUCAGAAGUGCUGCUGGAGCGUGUGCAGGGCGACUGAAGAGGAGCCUGCAGAAGAAGUUCCACAGUGUGUCUGAGGGGGUCGCUAGAGCAGGAAACUCUGCCCCUCUGAAUCAGAUCUACACAGAGCUCUACAUCACUGAGGGGGGCACAGAGCAGGUCAACCAGGAGCACGAGGUCCGACAGAUCGAAGCAGCAACCAGGCAGCAGACCAGACCAGGAACUACCAUCAGACCAGAAGACCUCUUUAAAGCCUCAGCUGACACAGAGCCACCAAUCAGGAGCCUGCUGACGAAGGGCGUGGCUGGCAUUGGGAAGACCCUCCUGACACAGAAGCUGACUCUGGACUGGGCUGAAGACAAAGCCCACCACAACUUCCAGCUGGUGUUUCCUUUCACCUUCAGAGAGCUGAACCUGCUGAAAGAGAAGCAGUUGAGUUUGGUGGAACUUGUUCAUCGCUUCUUUCCUGAAACCAAAGACUCAGGACUCAGCAGCUUUGAAGGAGUCCAGGUUCUGUUCAUCUUGGACGGUCUGGACGAGUGUCGACUCCCUCUGGACUUCAACAGUGGGGUCCUGACAGCAGCUACAGAGUCCACCUCAGUAGACGUCCUGCUGACCAGCCUCAUCAGGGGGAAGCUGCUUCCCUCAGCUCAGCUCUGGAUCACCACACGACCUGCAGCAGCCAAUCAGAUCCCUCCUGAGUGUGUGGACAUGGUGACCGAGGUCAGAGGGUUCACUGACCUCCAGAAGGAGGAGUACUUCAGGAAGAGGUUCAGAGAUGAGGAGCAGACCACCGUCAUGUCUCACAUCAGGAGCUCACGAAGCCUCUACAUCAUGUGUCACAUCCCCAUCUUCUGCUGGAUCACUGCCACAGUUCUGGAGGACAUGUUGAAGAGCAGAGAGACCGGAGAGCUGCCCAAGACCCUGACUGAGAUGUACAUCCACUUCCUGGUGGUUCAGGCCAAAGUCAAGAAGCUCAAGUACCAUGGAGGAGCUGGGACAGACCCAGUUUGGGAUCCUGAGAGCAGGAAGAUGAUGGAGUCUCUGGGAAAACUGGCUUUUGAGCAGCUGCAGAGAGGAAACUUGAUCUUCUAUGAAUCAGACCUCACAGAGUGUGGCAUCGACAUCACAGCUGCUGCACUUUACUCAGGAGUCUUCACACAGAUCUUCAGAGAGGAGAGAGGACUGUACCAGGAGAAGGUCUUCUGCUUCAUCCACCUGAGUCUCCAGGAGUUUCUGGCUGCUCUUCAUGCCCACCUGAAGUUCUUCAACUCGGGAGUCAACCUGCUCGACUCACAGCAAACAUCCAAACUGGCAAAAGCCUUUGGACUUCACAUCAAACCGUUCUACCAGAGAGCAAUUAAUGAAGCUGUAGAAAGUCCAAAUGGACAUCUGGACCUGUUCCUGCGCUUCCUUCUGGGUCUUUCUCUGCAGACCAGCCAGAGGCUCCUUCCAGGUUUGUUGACACAGACAGGAAGUAGCUCCUGGACCCAUCAGGACACAGCAGAGCUCAUCAAGGAGAAGAUAAGGGAGAGAGUGUCUCCAGAGAGAAUCAUCAAUCUGUUCCACUGUCUGAGUGAAGUGAAGGACACUUCUCUAGUGGAGCAGGUCCAGCAGCAUCUGAGAUCAGGAGCUCUCUUCUCUCGUAAACUGUCUCCUGCUCAGUGGUCCACCCUGGCCUUCAUCUUACUGUCCUCAGAGGAAGAUCUGGACGUGUUUGACCUGAAGAAAUUCUUUGCUCCAGACUAUAGUCUGAUCAGCGAUGGCCCGUAUUACACUCUUUCAGAGGAGGUUCUUGAGAGGCUGCUGCCUGUGGUCCAAGCUUCAAAGAAAGUUCUACUGACCUGGUGUUUCCUGUCAGAGAGAAGUGGUUCCCUUCUGUCCUCAGUCCUCAGCUCUCCGUCCUCUAGUCUGACACAACUGCACCUGAGCUACAACAGGGACCUGAAGGAUGCAGGAGUGGAGCUGCUGUCUGCUGGACUGAAGAGUCCACACUGUCACCUGGAGACUCUCAGCCUGAGCGACUGUGGACUGUCAGAGAGAAGUGGUUCCCUUCUGUCCUCAGUCCUCAGCUCUCCGUCCUCUAGUCUGACACAACUGCACCUGAGCGACAACAUGGACCUGAAGGAUGCAGGAGUGGAGCUGCUGUCUGCUGGACUGAAGAGUCCACACUGUCACCUGGAGACUCUCAGUCUGAGAGGGUGUAGGAUCUCAGAGAGAGGCUGUGCUUCUCUGGCCUCAGCUCUGACCUCUAACCCCUCCCACCUAAGAGAGCUGGACCUGAGCUCCAACCAUCCAGGAGGACCAGGACUGGAGCUGCUGUCUGCUGGACUGAGGAGUCCAGACUGGAGGCUGGAGACUCUCAGGCUGUACGACUGUGGACCAGAGAGGUUAAAGUUCUGACCAGAAGAAGUGUGAGUGAGUGAUUGAUCCCUGAGAACUGCUGGACUCACAAGUCUCUGGCAGAGCAGCAGACCUUCUUCUCUUUCAUUUCACCCCCAUUUUGGCUUCUCUCCACUGGCUGCUGUGACUUUUACAAUUGAUUUGAAAGUUCUUCUGUUUGUUUUAAAAGCUUGAAAUGGUCUUGUCCCUCAGCACCUAGUGGAGCUUUUAACCCCUGAGAUCCUUGAGGUCAGCUGAGCAGCUGCUCCUGGAGGUACCUAAAACUGAGCCUAAGAUGAGAGGAGACCAGGCUCUCUCAGUCUGUGGAAUGUCCUCCCUCCCCAUGUGAGACAGGCACCAUCGCUGUCCACUGUUAAAACACUCCUUACAAGGCACUUUUACUGCACGCUCUAUCCUGAUUUUACAGUUGCACAGCACUUCUUGUGUUGUUUUUGAAGUGCUGUAUUAAUAAAUAUGGUAUUGGUCAAGACUGACUCCGAGUCUCAGCAGCCGCUGCCGUCAUCAUGGAGAGUUUCCUGCUCAUCUGAGGCAGAGUCUCAGUGGAGAGCAGCACAGAGGAAGACUCCUCAACAGCAGUCAGAGAAGAAGCCUCCACCCUCACAGAAGCUCUUCAUCUGUGGAAACACUUCUGUCUUCAACGCCCCAAACAGCUCAGAUGUCCAGCUUUUGCUCUUGUUUUCCAUGACUCCUUCAUGCCACUUCUUCUCUGAAGCCUUCAGUCGUGUCCAUGACUUGAACCCUGAUAUCAGCCCUUUGAUGUGGACACGUGAGGAGCCCGUGUUCUGGACACAUGGAUGAUGAAUCAUCCAAAAUGCCCCACACCAGUGAGGAGGAGAUCGUGGUGUGAAACUCAGGAGUGUAGGUCACGUGACACUGUGGGCUCCUCAGCGAGUCUCUGUAACUGCGGAUGCUGCUGUGAACGGUUGACUGGAGUGAAACAUGUGCUGCCAUCAUGAGUCUCCUGGCGCUGCUGCGUCUGGGUCCGUGUUUCUCUCACAGUGGAGACGCAGCAGGUUCUAAAUCAGCUGAGCGGACGACCGUCUGGAGCCUCGUGGGACAGAUACACGGGUGGAUCCUGUUGAGGCUUUCCUGUGUCAAAAGUACCAUUCAAACCAGGAUCAUGAACUGAAGUCGUCCACACUCCAGCGGCCAGGUGCCUUGCUUUGGUCUGGCUUUCAUGCAGCGCGGCGCUGCGGCCCAGGCUGUGGUUUCUCUUUGGCUCUCACAGGCACAUGCUGUUUUAGGAAGACGUCUUCCUGUUUUAAUGUCACUGCUGUUGUUUGAGACGCGGAGCGGAACCCAAUAGCAGUAAUGCAGGAGUCACUGGAGUCAGACAGCGGGUCAAAAUACAGCCAUUUCAGAAAUAAAACAGAAGCGUCACAGAUGGAGGGAAAGCACUGGGACAGAAAGGCAAAGAGGGCAGGGAGCGUCAACACGAUGCAGACAGAUGUUCCAUACGGAGGGUCGGUUCACUCAAGGCUGUCGGUCCUCAGAGGACAUGAGACGUCUCCUCCACUGCUGCAGAGGCUGCGAGCUCAUGGGAGCUGUGCAUUUGUGAUGCAACAUGAACGUUGUUGGAACUGCUCCUGCUGCUGAGGAAUGAAGCCAUCAUUCCCCCGGCUCACCUCACCCUCUCUCACUCGUGUGUCGCAGCACACCAGUUGAAGACGCUGCAAUAUGGGACAGUUCAUCUGCUCCUCAAAGUCGGGGCCCCAGGUCCUCCACAGAGUCCUUCACUGACAGAGGUUUAUCACCAUCUCACGUCAGUCAAACACGCUUCAAGAAGACGCUCAUCAUUGCUGAAGCUUCUGCUAUGACGAGACUUCAUGUGCGCUUUCACUUGUAAGACGGGACGGGACGGGACGGGACG